GGGGCCGGAAGUGCAGCCGCGUCCGCCGGGCGCCGCGGGUGGAGGGACGCGCGGAGAUGAUGUAGGCAGCACCGGAAGCCGCUCCCCUGUGAGGCUGCGGACCCGAGCGGCGGCCGCAGGUCCAGGCGCCAUGGCUGCGGAGCGGACCCGGCCGCUGCGAGGCUCUGGCGGCCCGAACGCGCCUAGUCGGUGUGAACCCGGCGCGAGGUCCCGGGCCCCGGGGCGCUCGCUCAGGUAAAUUUUUCCAUAACCUUAUGGAGAGAAAGGACUUUGAGACAUGGCUUGAUAACAUUUCUGUUACAUUUCUUUCUCUGACGGACUUGCAGAAAAAUGAAACUCUGGAUCACCUGAUUAGUCUGAGUGGGGCAGUCCAGCUCAGGCAUCUCUCCAAUAACCUGGAGACUCUCCUCAAGCGGGACUUCCUCAAACUCCUUCCCCUGGAGCUCAGUUUUUAUUUGUUAAAAUGGCUCGAUCCUCAGACUUUACUCACAUGCUGCCUCGUCUCUAAACAGUGGAAUAAGGUGAUAAGUGCCUGUACAGAGGUGUGGCAGACUGCCUGUAAAAAUUUGGGCUGGCAGAUAGAUGAUUCUGUUCAGGACGCUUUGCACUGGAAGAAGGUUUAUUUGAAGGCUAUUUUGAGAAUGAAGCAACUGGAGGACCAUGAAGCCUUUGAGACCUCAUCAUUAAUUGGACACAGUGCCAGAGUGUAUGCACUUUACUACAAAGAUGGACUCCUCUGUACAGGGUCAGAUGAUUUGUCUGCAAAACUAUGGGAUGUGAGCACAGGGCAGUGUGUUUAUGGCAUCCAGACCCACACUUGUGCAGCGGUGAAGUUUGAUGAGCAGAAGCUUGUGACAGGCUCCUUUGACAACACUGUGGCCUGCUGGGAAUGGAGUUCCGGAGCCAGGACCCAGCACUUCCGGGGGCACACGGGGGCGGUGUUUAGCGUCGACUACAAUGAUGAACUGGACAUCUUGGUGAGUGGCUCUGCAGACUUCACUGUGAAAGUAUGGGCUUUAUCUGCUGGGACGUGCCUGAACACACUCACCGGGCACACAGAAUGGGUCACCAAGGUGGUCUUGCAAAAGUGCAAAGUCAAGUCUCUCUUGCACAGCCCUGGAGACUACAUCCUCUUAAGUGCAGACAAAUAUGAGAUCAAGAUUUGGCCAAUUGGGAGAGAAAUUAACUGUAAGUGCUUAAAGACGUUGUCUGUCUCUGAGGAUAGAAGUAUCUGCCUGCAGCCAAGACUUCAUUUUGAUGGCAAAUACAUUGUCUGUAGUUCGGCACUGGGUCUCUACCAGUGGGACUUUGCCAGUUAUGAUAUUCUCAGGGUCAUCAAGACUCCUGAGAUAGCGAACUUGGCCUUGCUUGGCUUUGGAGAUAUCUUUGCCCUGCUGUUUGACAACCGCUAUCUGUAUAUCAUGGACUUGCGGACAGAGAGCCUGAUUAGCCGCUGGCCUCUCCCAGAGUAUAGGAAAUCCAAGAGAGGCUCCAGCUUCCUAGCAGGCGAAGCGUCCUGGCUGAAUGGACUGGAUGGGCACAAUGACACGGGCUUGGUCUUUGCCACCAGCAUGCCUGACCACAGUAUUCACCUGGUGUUGUGGAAGGAGCACGGCUGAUGCCGCGAGCUGCGCCGCUGACUGACUUCGGGCGCCGGGGCUGCGGGUUUUGAGUGCAACCUCUGUGGCAGCCGACUGCAUGAACCAAAGUUCUCACCUAAUGGUAUCAUCACGCAGUGCACAAUCAUUUAUCUCUGUUUGCCAGGGGACCAGGGCUCGGGGUCGGGGAGGGCUCAUUUUGUUGACAUACACCGCAGCAUGCUGAUGGGGUGCACCGUCGACUUCAUUCGUACUUAGUUAUGUUGGUCAGUAUAAGAGGCUGCAUUUGGGGUUCAUCUUUCUUGAAUAUUGGUUUUAAGUAAAGAUAUUUAAAUGGCUCAUUAAUCUGCUAAUUGGUUGCCUAUAAAAACACAUUCAGUCUAUUAUUAAAGCUUUUUACCAUU